AUGGAUCCGGCUAAGCCCGUUGACCUGCCCGAGCGGCCCAAGGAGGUGAAGGAGGUUAAGGAGGAGGCAGCCCCCGCUGACCCGAACAAGAAGAGCAAAAGCCAGUUGAAGAAGGAGCAGAAAGAAAGAGAAAAGGCAGAGAAGAAAGAGAAAGCCAAGAACGCGCCCAAGCCUGCGAAGACCACUCAGCCCAAGCCUGCGAAGCCCGUCAAAGAGGAGCCUACCCAGGACCCCGAAUCCAUGUUCAAGCUCGGCUUCCUCUCCGACGUAUACCAGGAAAGGCCACUCUCAGAUACUCUUACGAAGAUCCGCACCCGUUUCCCUCCCGAGCCCAAUGGAUUCCUCCAUAUCGGUCACAGCAAGGCCAUCGCAAUCAACUUUGGUUUUGCGAAAUACCACGGCGGUGAAUGUAUCUUGCGUUUCGACGAUACCAACCCCGCCGGUGAGGAGGAGCGAUACUACAAUGCUAUUCGGGAUAUUGUCACUUGGUUAGGCUUCAAGCCUGUACGCGAAACUUGCGCUAGUGAUAAUUUCGAGCAGCUCUACGAGCUUGCGAUUGAUUUGAUUAAGCGUGAUGGUGCUUAUGUUUGCCAUUGUACUCAGGCGGAUGUUAAGGCCCAGCGUGGUGAGGGUGCGGGUGGAGUGCGUGGUGGAGAGCGUUUUGCGUGUAGCCAUCGCUCACGCCCGAUUGAGGAGUCCCUGGCUGAGUUCCAGGCCAUGCGGGGUGGGAAAUAUAAGGCUGGUGAGGCUGCUUUGCGCAUGAAGCAGGAUAUCACAAAUCCCAACCCUCAGAUGUGGGAUUUGUUCGCUUGGCGCAUUCCCGAGGGCGAGGAGAAGCAUCAUUUCCGCACUGCAGGCUCAUGGGUUAUGUACCCGACAUAUGACUUUACACACUGUCUCUGCGAUAGUAUCGAGGGUAUCACUCACUCCCUGUGUACAACCGAGUUUGAGCUCUCCCGUGUCUCUUACGAAUGGCUCUGCGACAAGCUCGAAGUCUACCGCCCAAUGCAGCGCGAGUAUGGUCGUCUCAACCUCACUGGAACCGUUCUUUCAAAGCGCAAGAUCAUCAAACUCGUCAAGGAAGGCCAUGUUCGCGACUGGGACGAUCCCCGUCUCUACACCCUGAUUGCCCUCCGCCGCCGCGGUAUUCCCCCCGGAGCCAUCCUCACCUUCGUCAACUCCCUCGGUGUCACAAAAUCCGGCUCCAAUGUCCAAAUCGCCAAAUUCGAACAGACCGUCCGCCAGUUCCUCGAGACUACCGUUCCCCGUCUGAUGGUCGUUACCGAGCCUCUUAAGGUCAUCAUUGAUGAUCUCCCCGAUGACUAUUGUGAAUUUGUCGAAGCCCCCUUCGGCAAGGACGCAGCAGCUUUCGGCACCCACAAAAUCCCCUUCACAAAGACCGUUUACAUCGAGCGUUCUGAUUUCCGCGAAGUCGACUCCCCAGAUUACUUCCGUCUCGCACCUGGUAAAACAGUCGGUCUCCUUAAGGCCCCUUACCCCAUCACAGCCACUGGCUUCGAGAAAGAUCCCACAACUGGCGUUGUUACAUGCGUUCAUGCCAAGUAUGAGAAGCCCGAAGAAGGCGCCGCACCCAAGAAACCUAAGUCCUUUAUUCACUGGGUUGCCGACUCUCCUGCCAACAACAGUCCUGUUCGCGCUGAGAUCCGCGCUACAAACCCUCUGUUCAAGUCUGAUGAUCCCAACUCUCACCCUGAUGGCUUCUUGGCCGAUAUCAACCCCGAUUCGGAACAGAUCUUCCCCGAUGCUAUGAUUGAGACUGGAUUCCAUGAGAUUAGUCGCUCUGGCCCUUGGCCCAAGGAGGCUGCUGAGGAGGGUGAUGUCUCUCAGAAUCAGCACUCUAUUCGUUUCCAGGGUAUGCGUGUUGCUUACUUUGCUGUUGAUCGGGAGACUACUCCUGACAAGUUGAUUUUGAAUCGUAUUGUUACUCUGAAGGAUACCCAGGGUAAGACCUAA